AUGACGAUUCCUGCCAAUGACGCUUUCACACUUGGUUUGACACACAAUCCAAACCGUCUUGCACUCCAUUCUUCUACGUCCAAGUUAUCAUUUGUCGCUGGUGCUAAGACACCGCACUCCGUUCCUCUCGAGAGGCGGCUCAUGUCAGCAAAGCCUCGCAUUGGAUCGGACUCUGGACAUCAUACACAAAGAGAAGUGGAUACGCAGAGUUCUACCACAAUACGCUCCCCUUCGACAAAUCGGAAUGGUAGGGAAACGAAGUCGGAUGCACGGAAUGAUACUGUAGAUUGGGAGAUACCUCGCAAAAUACUACAUUCCUCAAUAGGAUUUUUCACUCUGUAUCUUUAUGCUUCUCAUGGUUCACCUCGUGCUGUUGUCGCUGUGCUCAGUGCCGGAUUGGCAAUUUUGAUCCCGUGUGACAUACUACGACUUCGCUCGAGGCGGUUCGAGCGUAUAUUUGAGCGAUGUGUUGGAUUUCUGAUGCGCGAAAGCGAAAAGAAGAGUACCAAUGGUGUGAUCUGGUACAUUAUUGGGGUCAUUUUUGUCCUCUCUGUAUAUCCUCUGGAUAUUGCGGUGGUUUCAAUACUUAUUCUGUCAUGGGCCGAUACGGCCGCAUCUACAGUUGGGAGAUUCCUAGGAUCUCGCACGCCUGCCCUUCCGCGCCAUAUACCCAUCUUUAAGAUACCUUUGGCACCACGAAAAUCGGUGGCAGGAUUUGUCGCGGCUUCUUGCACUGGCGCUUGUAUUGCUGUUGGAUUCUGGGGCUGGGUCAUGCCUUUAUUCAGCGGACAAAGCAGUUGGCGCUGGAUUACCGAGGCUCCUAUGGUUGUCGGAGUGUCAUCGACAUAUCCUUGGGCUAUCUAUGGUGUUCUUGGACUGGUUAGUGGACUGGUGUCAGGUGUAGCAGAGGCUCUGGACCUGGGCUCAUUGGAUGACAACCUCACACUUCCUAUCAUUUCUGGUGGUUGCUUGUGGGGCUUUUUCAAGCUCACUGAUACUUUAGUUUCUUGGAUGUGA